GAAAUCGAAAUCAUAAUCAUAGUGUUAGAAGAAGAAGUCCACGAAAAAAGAAAUGACAAAUGGUUGUUGUGAUCGAAAGUGUGUUUUCUAAUUGUUCGAUGAAAUGUGCUUGAUGAGAAUCUGUAUCGAUAUCGGUGUUUGCCAGCCAGCCACAAAGAUGGCCAACCAUCAUCACUCGUUUAUCCGUCUGUAUCUGCCCACCUAGAGGAGAUUAGCCCCGAUUUGCCGCCCAAAUGAAUGCCCAGCAGCCGCUGAUCCUGGAGCAGCCAAAGGCCAGCAGUGUUGUUGUUGUUGCUGCAUCGCCAGCUGCGGAAAUUGAGGCGGCAACGAGCACGGAAGCGGUGGCAAGUGCAUCUGCAACAUCGCCGGAAUCGAUUUCGAAUACCCAAAAUGGUAGCGGAAUUAAUGGCAAUAAUCAUGGCUGCCGACGGAUCAGCCAGGAGGAGCAGGAUCAGCAGGAUCAGAAGGAUCACAAUGACCAGGUCAAGGAUGUGGUGGCCAAUAAGCUGACCAUUAUCAAGACGCCGUUGAACAAGACGCUGCUGAAGAAGUGCAACAGCAAUGGCAGCCUGCAACUGCAACUGCAACCGCACAAUAAUGGUAACAGCAACCUCAGUAGCAACAACAACAAUAGCACUCGCAACAGCAACAACAGUGCGAAUAGCGACAACAUCGAGAUUGGCGCCUGCGAUUCCGGUUUGCAAAGCGGAAAUAGCAAUGAACAAGAACCAUUUGCCAACAACAAUAAUGAUCGCCAUCAUCACAUUUACCACCACCACCAUCAUCACUAUCAUCAUCAUCAUGGCGGCGGCGGCGGCGGCGAUGAUAAGGGCGAAACAACGAGCGGCGAUGUUGCAUCCUCAUCCUCGGCGGACUUGAGGCAGGUCAAGGAGGAGCCAUCGCUGCAGGAUAAUGACAAUCAUGUGAAGGCAACAGCAGGAGAAGAAGAAGCUGAUAAAGGAGGAGCAGCAGCAGAGGGAGCAAUUGGAGGAGCAACUGCAACUGCAACAGCAGCAGCAACAGCAGCAACACCUUGCAAUCCCAGCAAGUGCAACAAGUGCAAUUCGCACAACAACAACAGCAACUGCAACAACAACAAUAAUACCAUCAGCAAUAAUAAUAACAAUACCAACAACAACAACAACAUCAACAACAAUAACCAUUACAACAAUUACAAUAACUAUUAUAAGAAAAAGUCUCGUAUGCCGCCCAUUUGCCAAAAUUCCAGUCAAACGUAAAAGUGCAACCAACAAUUGGCCAAGACUAUUGAAAAAACGAAAAAAGACAGAACAAAACAGAACCCCCACCCCUAAAAAAAAACACAAACAAAAAAACCAACCCUACAAACCCACUGGAAUGCAUGCUGCCACUGCCACUCUGCUCUGCAGCAGAA